UCUCCCCUCAAACAAGUUUGCCCAAGUUAUCCGAUAGUGUAACAUUGAAUGGUGGAAUUUGUGCAAGUGCUACUUCAAACUUCGUUUUCAAAAAAGGUCAGGAGGAGCAGCCUACAGAUGUUUGUGCAAUAACAGCGGAGAAGCAGGUGACGCAGACAGCUAUGGAGCUUCUUCCUCUCGUGUGUGUCUCUCUCCUGACUUGGUCUGGAACAACGUUUGCUGCUGAAAACGAGCCAAAAGUCAUCAGAGUGGACAAAGGAAGAGACGUCAUUUUACCCUGUUCACUCAACACAAAGAAUAACAUUACGUCAGAGAAGUUUGAGUGGAGGAAAGAUGGUCGUCAGGUGGUCCUGUAUGAUGACGGCAAUCAUUCCAAUAACAACAAUACAGGUCAAGAUCAGCAGUUCAAAGAUCGAGUCUCACAUUUUCCAGACAAACAGAAGUCAGGUGACGCCUCCAUAAUCAUCAGAAAUAUGAAGGUGGCUGACAGUGGAGUCUACACCUGUGAAUUUACUAAUCUUCAGCCAAGACAAAUAUUCUAUAUUAAGCUUUUUGUUGAGCCAAAAGUCAUCAGAGUGGACAAAGGAAGAGAUGUCAUUUUACCCUGUUCACUCAGCACAAAGGAGAACAUUACGUCAGAGAAGUUUGAGUGGAGGAAAGACGAUCGCCAGGUGUUCCUGUAUGAUGACGGCAAUCAUUCCAAUAUCGUCAAUACAAGUCAAGAUGUGCAGUUCAAAGAUCGAGUCUCACAUUUUCCAGAUGAACUGAUGUCAGGCGACGCCUCCAUAAUCAUCAGAGAUAUGAAGGUGGCUGACAGUGGAGUCUACACCUGUGAAUUUACUAAUCUUCAGCCAAGACAAAUAUUCUACAUUAAGCUUUUUGUUGAGCCAAAAGUCAUCAGAGUGGACAAAGGAAGAGACGUCAUUUUACCCUGUUCACUCAGCACAAAGGAGAACAUUACGUCAGAGAAGUUUGAGUGGAGGAAAGACGAUCGUCAGGUGUUCCUGUAUGAUGACGGCAAUCAUUCCAAUAUCGUCAAUACAAGUCAAGAUGUGCAGUUCAAAGAUCGAGUCUCACAUUUUCCAGAUGAACUGAUGUCAGGCGACGCCUCCAUAAUCAUCAGAAAUAUGAAGGUGGCUGACAGUGGAGACUACACAUGUGAAUUUCCUCGUCUUCAGCCAAGACAAAUAUUCUACAUGAAGCUUGUUGUUGAGACAAAGGUCCUCACAGUGGCAGAAGGAAGAGACGUCACUUUACCCUGUUCACUCAGCACAAAGGAGAACAUUACUCGAGAGAAGUUUGAGUGGAAGAAAGAUGGUCGUCAGGUGUUCCUGUAUGAUGACGGCGAUCAUUCCAAUAUCGUCAAUACAGGUCAAGAUCAGCAGUUCAAAGAUCGAGUCUCACAUUUUCCAGAUGAACUGAUGUCAGGCGACGCCUCCAUAACCAUCAGAAAUAUGAAGGUGGCUGACAGUGGAGAAUACACCUGUAACUUUACAAAUCUUCAAUCAGAACAAAUAUUCUACAUUAAGCUUGUUGUUUUUGGUGCAGCUCCAAAGCCAUAUGUCAGGAUACUUGAUCUAACAAAAGAUGGGAUGCUGCUGCAGUGUGAAGUUCAAGGAGCUUUUCCAAAACCUGAAUUACACUGGAAGGACAGUGAUGGAAACAUCCUUCCUGCUGAAGAAAUACAGGAGACAGGAAGAGGAGGACGCUACCUCCAAACUACUGUGACCAAGACCGACAACUAUCGCUGUGUUGCUACACAGAAGGAAAUCAACCAUCAGACUCAUUAUGAGACAUUUGUGUAUAUCCCUGAUGCAUCUCCAAAGCCGUCUGUCAGGAUACUUGAUCUAACAAAGGAUGGGAUGCUACUGCAGUGUGAAGUUCGAGGAGCUUUUCCAAAACCAAAACCUAAAUUACUCUGGCAGGACAGAGCUGGAAACAUCCUUCCUGCUGAAGAACCACUGGAGUCAGAAACAGGAGAACUCUACUACAACAUCAUCCUCCAAACUACUGUGACCAAGACCGACAAAUAUCGCUGUGUUGCUACACAGAAGGAAACCAACCGUCAGACUUAUGCUGAUACAUUUGUGUAUAUCCCUGGGAAGAAUAUUGCUCUUAUUUUGGCUGUUACUGUUCUUGCUGUUGUUCUGGCUCUGCUGUGUGCAUGUAUACUCUACAAAAAAUAUCAGAAAGGAAGGAGCGAAGAGGAUGAAGUGGUGUACAUGUACACCACAAAUGGGGAGGCUACCAGCUGAGAGGCGGUCAAGGAUUUAACAUUAUCUGCAGCAAGACACUCCUUCAUGAAUCAGAGUUUGGAGCUGCAUAAACUGCAGUCACAUUUUUGCUGUUUAAAUUCGUUUUUUACUUGCCAACAUAGUUGUAUUUUUUGUGCAAUCUGUAAUUAAUCGCUAUUACUUAAUUUAAAAAUUGAGCUUGACAUGAAUUUUUAAGUGGUAAAUAAUGAACAGACCAAAUUAGUUUUCAGAUGUAAAAAACUAAGCAGCAUCUUUUUACUCACAUUACACAUUACUUCAUCCCAUAUUAUUUGUCAUAUUACAGUUAUUGAACCAUGAUUCUGCUGUUUGCUGUGUGAUUUUUAAAUAAAACAUUUCUGUUA